GUGGCGGCGGCGGCAGCCUCGUCCGCAGUGUCGCCCGCCGCCACCAUGACGGACCGCUCCACCUUCGAUACCAAUGUCAUCACCAUGACCCGCUUCGUGAUGGAGGAGGGCAGGCGGGCGAAAAGCACCGGGGAGUUCACGCAGCUCCUCAACUCCCUCUGCACGGCCAUUAAAGCCAUCUCCACCGCCGUCCGUAAAGCGGGCAUUGCCAACCUCUAUGGAAUUGCUGGGUCUACUAAUGUGACAGGAGAUCAAGUAAAAAAGUUGGAUAUUCUUUCCAAUGACCUGGUGAUUAACAUGCUCAAGUCAUCCUUCAGUACAUGUGUUAUUGUGUCAGAAGAAAACAAAGAUGCUGUGAUAGUGGAAGCUGAAAAACAGGGUAAAUACAUAGUCUGCAUAGAUCCUCUAGAUGGUUCUUCAAACAUUGACUGUCUUGUUUCCAUUGGGACCAUCUUUGCAAUCUAUAGAAAGGCCUCCCCUUCUGAACCUUCUGGGAAAGAUGCUUUACAACCUGGACGUAAUCUUGUGGCAGCUGGUUAUGCUCUCUAUGGGAGUGCCACAAUGCUGGUACUGGCCACUUCUGCUGGAGGUGUCAACUGCUUCAUGCUGGAUCCGGCGAUUGGAGAAUUCAUUCUGGUGGAAAGGGAUGUGAAAAUAAAAAAGAAGGGAAAUAUCUACAGUCUCAAUGAAGGCUAUGCUAAAUAUUUUGAUCCUGCAGUCACAGAGUAUCUCAAAAAGAAAAAAUUCCCUGAGGAUGGCAGUUCACCAUAUGGUGGGAGGUACAUAGGAUCUAUGGUGGCUGAUGUGCAUCGCACACUGGUGUAUGGAGGAAUCUUUCUGUAUCCUGCUAACUCCAAAACUCCCAAAGGAAAGCUGAGAUUGCUCUACGAAUGCAAUCCUAUGGCUUUUGUUAUUGAGAAGGCUGGAGGAAUAGCGACAACUGGACACCAAGCAGUAUUAGAUAUAGUGCCUGAGGAUAUCCACCAGAGAGUGCCUGUUGUCUUGGGAUCUCCUGAUGAUGUAAAGGAGUACCUUGAAAUAGUCAAGAAGCAUUCAGCUAAGUAAAGAAAGCUUGCUGGAGUCACUGUGCAGAGGGGAUGAAUGUCUUACAGCUCAACCAAAGAACACACUGCAGCACUGUGAAGUUGAACUGUCUGACCUCUAUAGCAAAAGAGCAAAUAAGCCAUAUUUUCAUGAGAUUUUUUUAAAGUGAAAUCUUGUGUAAUUGCAUUAUGCAAUGGAAGGCAUUGAAAGAUUGCAUUAAAUAAAGCAUUAAAGGUUAAAGUGAUGAAAAA